GGCCCGGCAGUGCCUCGCGGGCCGCUGGGGCAGCUCAGGGGCCGCAAAUCUCUCCCUAGAGCAGAGAGCAUUUGCCCUGAGGGUCCGACACAUCGCAGGCGCCACCGGAUCGCUGGCCAUGAGGACCCUGUGGAUGGCGCUGUGCGCGCUGGCGCAUCUGUGGCCCGGGGCCCUAGGUGGCUGCGCCGAGGCGGGGCGCUGUUGCCCUGGUCGGGACCCCGCCUGCUUCGCCCGCGGCUGGAGGCUGGACAGGGUCUAUGGGACCUGCUUCUGCGACCAAGCUUGCCGCCUCACGGGGGACUGCUGCUUCGACUACGCCAGGGCGUGCCCAGCUCGCCCAUGCUUCGUCGGGGAGUGGAGCCCCUGGAGUGGCUGCGCGGACCAGUGCAAGCCGACCAUCCGCGUGCGCAGGCGCUCGGUGCGGCAGGAGCCCCAGAACGGAGGGGCGCCCUGCCCGCCCCUGGAGGAGAGAGCCGGCUGCCUGGAGUACGCCACGCGGCAGGGCCAGGACUGCGCGCACGCCUUCGUCCCUGCCUUCAUAACUACCUCUGCCUUCAACAAGGAGAGAACAAGACAAGCUGCAUCUCCACAGUGGUCUACGCACACAGAGGAUGCCGGAUACUGUAUGGAGUUCAAGACAGAGUCCCUGACUCCUCACUGUGCUCUGGAGAACCGGCCCCUGACGCGGUGGAUGCAGUAUCUCCGAGAGGGAUACACCGUGUGUGUGGACUGUCAGCCCCCGGCCAUGAAUUCUGUGAGCCUUCGUUGUUCUGGAGAUGGCCUGGACUCUGACGGAAAUCAGACUCUUCACUGGCAAGCAAUCGGCAAUCCUCGAUGUCAAGGAACUUGGAAAAAAGUCCGGCGAGUAGACCACUGUUCUUGUCCAGCAGUUCACAGUUUUAUUUUUAUAUAGAUCAUCAUGUAACUAUUUCAAGAUGUGUUUGUAAGCAUGCUGAAUAUUGUUAGGUUGUGUGUAACACUUCAGAAACUCUAAAAACUGUUGGGCCCAAGUUCCUGAACACAUCAUUGCCAUACACUGAAGUAUAGAAAGAAAAAUUAGAGGCUAAUUCUCAAGGAACAUUCUCAAGGAAUGUCUAUAUAUCUUACUUUUAUAAGUUGAGGACUUAGAAAUGCUCCUGAGGUUUUAUGUCCUUGACCUUCCAUCCAGUCACAAAAUAUGUGUUGGUUUGCACUAGAAUUACUAUCCCAUGCUCCGCUUUGGAGGAAGUUAUUAUUUAAGGGUAACUACACUUUGACUUGCAUCCUUUUCUCUCUAUUCCAUAUAUCUUAAAAGUUCCUCACUUUAAAAAAACAAUGUUAUAGAGCUGGGCACUGUGACACAGGUCUGAAAUCUCAGCCAUUUAGGGAGCUAAGGCAGGAGGGCUGCAAGUUUGAAGCCAGCCUCAAGCAAUUUAGCAAGACCCUGUCUCCAAAUAAAAAGGUCUGGGAAUGUAGCUCAGUGGUAGAGCACCCCUGAAAUCAAUUUCCCAUACCCACCCACCCCCCCAAAAAAUCACACAUAUUUCCCAUACAAUAUUCCAUAAAUCCUGAAUCAAUAAUUUCAAGCAAAUUAUCCCCAAUAUUUUCCACAGGGCAAGUUGUUUAAAAUUUCAGUGAGCAUUUUGCAAUGAAAAGCCAACCAACUAUGCUAAAAAUAUUGAGGGUGGAGAUACUGGGAUUGAAUUCAGGGGCACUUGACCACUGAGCCACAUCCCCAGCCCUAUUUUGUAUUUUAUUUAGAAACAGGGUCUCACUGAGUUGCUUGGCAAUUUGCUUUUGCUGAGGCUGGCUUUGGACUUGGAAUCUUCCUGCCUCAGCCUCCUGAGCCACCAGGAUUACAGACGUGCACCACCUCAUCUGGCUGUAAAAAUAUUAUGAAGAAGACAUUUUCUUCAGUUAAUUGGAAAGAUUAGUGAAAUGCCCAUUCUAGGCCAAUAGGAAUUCUUUUAAAUGUUAUAAUUUUCAUGAAGAGAAAUUUUGGUGCCAACGAAUGAAACAAUUUCUUUCAUGAUGAAAAAUUCUACCACUAUUUGCAUCUAACAUUAUUUCCAAAGCUUAAAGUCUGAAGUUGAAUGGAAUACUCUUUCAGAGCCCAACUUCAAGUUUAGUUGAAGUGUGUGUACUACUCUUUUUUCUGCAGCAUGCAUUUUCUUAUGUUUUGGGUGGAAGGCAGAGGAAGAGGCAUGGAUUUCACUAUGAAUGCUGUGAUCUUUCCUACUGACAUCUCCUGAUGUCAGUCUCCUUACUCUAGCAGGAGAUCACUGAACUCAAGGCGACUUGGUGAGCUAAAGGGUCUGGGACGACAAGUCAUUCUGCAGACAGCCACGGAGCCUAGACCCGGCUCCUCACUGGUGCUCAGCUUCAGUAAUAAGCUGACUAUGCCAAAUAUUUCAGUUUUGAAGUAGGCUUUAUAUUCAGAAUAUUUCCUUUGAAGGAUUGACUCUUGAGAUUUAAAUCAUAUAAAAUUCCUCUGAUUUCAAUGUUAUUAUAUAGUUAUUUACUAAUAAACAGUUUACUAAAAUAAAUAUUUCUUUUUUUUUUUUUUUUUUUUUUUUUGGUGGGGCAGGCAAAAUACCAGGGUUCAGCACAAGGUCACUUUACCACUGAGCUACACCCCCAUCCCUUUUUAUUUUUGACAGGGUUUUUCUAAGUUGUCCAGGCUGACCUCAAACUUGCAAUCUUCCUGCCUUGGCCUCCCAAGUCAGUGGGAUCAUAGGCGUGUGCCACCAUGCCCUAAAACACAUAUUUCUUGGAAUUUAUCAUGUAAUAACAGAAUGACAACAGCAAGAUAGAAAAGGGAUGGAAAAGUCCCCAAUAUGUGACACUGAGAGUAGUAAUGUUUCUGACUAUAUCCUGAUUUAACUGCCAAAAUUAUUUUAAGGGAAAAUCAAUGUUAGAAAUUAAUGAUAAAAAAUUUGAAUCUCACCCAGGCUACCGACUUUAAUUAUAAUGUCAGUAUUAACAUUUUAAGCCCAUUUUUAAUCAAUUAUAAAGCAAGAUUUUUGAUGAUGUCUCUGGGUAUUUUCCAAUGUUGCUUAAAAUGUUUAUAUCAGUAAAUAAACUUUCUUAUUAGAUUUAUAAAAGUUCUUCACUGGUUUGACUAAAAAAAAGAACCCCAAACUUCUGGAAUGGUCAGAGAAUGCAUAAAAAUUUCACCAAAAGAAAAAUAACAACAACAAGGUGAAAUAAUCACUAAGAGCAAUAGUGUGGGCUGUGGCUGUGGCUGAGGCAGAGCACUUGCCUCACAAGUGCGAUGCACUGGGUUCGAUCCUAGCACCACAUAAAAACAAAUAAAGGCAUUGAGUCCAUACACAACUAUAAAUAAAUAAAUAAAUAAAGCUCUGAUGCAUUUAUGGUUCCAAUAUGUGUUCCAACAUUUAACAUAAUCCAUUUUUCACCUUAUGCAUUUUAUUUUGGUGCAUAACCACUAAUUACUUUCAUAUUGAAGUUAUAUUUUUGCUACUUUUAUUCUUGAGAAAAUUUCCUAAGCUAGCAGACGUAACUAUUAAAUAAUGGUUUUGAAAAGCUCGUUAUUAAUUCUAGCCAAGCUCGAGGAAACAUGUCAGAACUGAAACACGUAGUCCAUGUGAUUAAUGAAGAACCCAAAGUUUUUAUUUUCAAAGUUAAAGAUCAAAGUAUUUAGAGACCUCUUGGAGUUCUUUUUUAAUAAGCCCCAGUGUCAGGGUCCUUUCCGCAGGCACUCUGCCAUGAUUUACAGACUCAAAAUCACUUAUUAGACUGAUUUUCAAAAGUGAAUGUGGAAAGUAAUUUGAACAAAAAUAAAUAUGCCUACCAGGAAAGAAGGGGAAAGGAAUUAGAAAUAAUGAUCAUGUAGAAAAGUGGAAAAGAAGGAAAAAUGAAGAGUCGGGAGUGGGGGGGACCAAGAUGAACUAUAAUUGCACCAAUCUUUUUUUUAUGAGUCUUGUUUUUAUUUGAAAAUGUCAUAAUUAAGCAUAAAUAGCAAUAAUUUAUAUUGUUUGGGUCUCUUCUGGCAUAAAGAUUUUAAUUAACCAUUUUUUUCCAGGUAGGCACAAAACAGAUGUAAAAGAAACAGGUUUGUGCCCUCUAAGAAUAUUUUAGUGAAGUUUCAUACCAACAAUUGCAAGUUGACUUAGAAGGCAAGCCCUGGGUAUUCUGCAGUUUAAGCAAUCAGAAGAUGAGCAUUUUAAAGGGAAGCGAUACCUCUAGGUUUCUGUGACAGAUGCACAUAUUUACUCUCUCUUCAAACCCACUUGAGGUUACAGGACUUACCAAAGAGACCGAAUCCAUAAAUAGAUGAGAAGCUCAGUGAUUUUAAAGAAUCUUUGUGAAGAUUGGAAGCAAAUGACAUUCUACUGAUGGAUGAUCAGUAGACGUGGAUAGAGGGACCCAUUCUUGUGGAGAAGAUGGUGGAGUGAGAUGUAAAAGCUAUUCUUCCUUAGAGUGGGGAGCAUCUUAUGCUCCCACUGAGCAUAAGAUGAAUUUUUUAAAAAGUUCCUUCCCCUUGAGACAAAUCUGUGAAACUUAAAAUCACACCAAGGCACAUUAUCAUGAAAUUCCAGAUCUUCAGAUAUAUAGAAGAAUCGAAAACCUGAGAGGAAAAGCCAGGUCACAUGUAAAGGAUCAGUAUUAGGAUAGUAUUGAAUUAUUUAUCUAAAGCAACAUUUGAAGCUAGAAUAGAGUAAUAGAGUAAAAUUUGGGUAAGAAGUUACAAAAAAUGCUGUGUUCAAUAAAAUUAUUAUGAAUCAAAUGUGAGGCUAGAAUGAUAUUUUCGGACAUGUAAGAUACAAAAAUUUUCCAUUCUGUGCACCCUUUCAGGGAGGAGGUGGUCAACUUAAACAGUAGUGUAAACCAAGCAGAGGGUGCAGGAAAUGAGGAGUACUCAGGAGAGAGAAGACAGCUUGCGAUUGGCAGAGGAUGGAUGGCUUUAAGAAAACUACACCAGGGGCUGAGGUUGUGGCUCAGUGGUAGAACACUCGCCUAGCACAUGUGAGGCACUGGGCACGGUGGUGGCACAUCUGUAAUCCCAGCAACUCAGGAGGCUGAGGCAGGUGGAUCACAAGCUUUAGGCCAGCCUUAGCAACUUAGAUCCUGUUUCAAAAUAAAAAAUAAAAAGGGUUGGGGAUAUGGUUCAGCGCUUAAGCAACCCUGGGUUCAAUCCCCAGUACCAAAAACAAAGAACGAAAACCAGAAUAACUGCCAGAAAGAAUCCAAUAAAUUUUAAAGGAAGUAAACAAAAUCAAGUUAGCAAACUACAGCCAGUAGUCUAAAGCUAAGCUAUUUAUUUUUGUAAAUUAUGUGUAAAUUAAAUUACACACACACACACACACACAUAUACAGGAGGGGGACUGUAAGUGGUAUAAGAGUAAUAAAAUUAUUUGUAAAAUCAUCAGAACACAGCUAUACCCACUGAUAUAUCGUCUAGAAUUAAUUCCAAGCAGAGUAUGCACAGACUAUGGCCUACAAUAUUAACUAUCUGGUCCUUUGUAGAAAAGGUUUGCCAACAACUCUCCCACAUCCCAGGGCUUAGAUUGUAAUAUUUAAUGUCAUUAUUGAUGGGAUUUGAUGUAGGUUGUACCAUUUUUUGUCCUUGUGGUUUUUGCUUCCCUCCUUUGUUUUUGCAUUAAAUGAUUUUUAGUAAAGCA